UAUGGCCUAGCAUCUGUAGGACAGUGAACUAUUAACAGCAAAACCUACCCUUCAUAAUGGAUAGGAAAUGGUUAUUUAGGGUUUGGGUACACAAGAACAAAGUGAUUCUAGCUUUUCAUCCCAACAUUUAUGUUCUGUAAAUAAAUCAGACUUAACUUGAUUAGAGCCAAUAGAGCAGUCACAGGAACAUCAAUCUUAGUCAGAGUUCAUUUAAGAAGAUCAGUAAGAGUAGUUCGGAUCUUUAGAAUUUCUCAAACAAACAUGCCCACAUCUGUGCCCAUUAUAAUUUCCUUGGUAGAUGUCCUUUAGAACAUUGCAAGUAUACUUAUUAUGUUAUUAUUUAUAGAAAAAGACAUAUUUUUAUAUCUGAAGAUGAUGGUUUAAGUGAACUAAUAUCAGACAACAUUGAUUUAAUAGAUAACCUCACAAAUAGCGGAAACAAACUUAAAUUGCCACACUCUACUUAUGGAACUUAGUUAUCUAAAUAUAGAAAAUGUAAAUCCAAUACAAAGGAAUUUUGUGAGAAAUUAGAACACAAAUUCAUAAGUUAGGAAUAAAUACAUUUUGGCGAUUUUCCUAUAUAAAAUUUUUGGAAUUGGAAUGCAUUUGCUCUACAGUCUUUUUCUAUUAAGUCCUAACCAGAUUUAGGCAAUGAUCCCCAAGAAAAUAAAUAUUUUAGCCAAUUAAUUAAGCCAAAACCUCUUGUGGAUUACAAAUAGGCCUCAGAAAUUUUAGAGAAUUCUUCAUCAGCUCUAAACAUUUCAAAUGAGAUCAAAAAGAAUUUAAUGUCCAAGCUUAAAUCUGACAUUGAUAAAAUGCAAUAAAAAAUAAAGACUAUUUCAAUGUUGAAGAAAUGGAUAAACAAUUAACAAGUGGAUUAGAAUGAGUAUAAGAACUUGUAUUCAUCUCUUUCCUAAAUUCAAUAGAUCCAUUAUUCUAAUUUCCUUAGGAUCACUAACAUUUCAAUAUCCAGUAUUUAUACCUUAAUACAAUUAGAUUAAGCCAAAUUCAACAAUUAGUUUCAAAAUGUCGAAUACGUCAAAUAAUGAA